AUGUCCAACAGAUCAGUCGACGAAGAUGGCCGCCCGAUGCGAACUGGGACGUGGGUGACGGCGAGCGCCCACAUCAUCACGGCGGUGAUUGGGUCAGGGGUUCUGUCCCUGGCUGGGGCAAUCGCCCAGCUGGGUUGGGUGGCCGGACCGGCGGUUCUCGUCAUCUUUUCUCUCAUCAUCCUUUUCACCUCCACCCUGCUCGCCGACGCCUACCGCCAUCCGGACCCGGUCACGGGCCAGCGCAACUACACCUACAUGGACGCGGUCCGGGCCCAUUUAGGUGGGCUCAGGGUCCGGCUUUGCGGCGUGGCCCAGUACACGAACCUGGUCGGCGUCACUGUCGGUUACACCAUCACGGCGUCCAUCAGCAUGGCGACGGUUCGAAAAUGGAGUUGUUUCCACGAGGAGGACGAGUGCCACGUGUCCACGACGCCGUACAUGAUCAUCUUUGGCGGCAUCCAGCUCAUCCUUUGCCAGGUGCCCAACUUCCACAAGUUGUCGUGGCUCUCCAUCCUAGCCGCCGUCAUGUCCUUCGCCUAUUCCUUUAUUGGCUUGGGUCUCUCCAUAGCCAAACUUGUUACAGGAGUUGAGGCGAAAACGACGACGUCGGCGACGGUGUCGGAGGUACAGAGAUUCUGGAGGAUUUGCCAAGCGAUCGGCGACAUUGCCUUCGCGUAUGCCUACUCCACGGUCCUGAUCGAGAUCCAGGUGUUUGCGCAGCCGAUUUUCAGCUUGGUGGAGUCCAGCUGUCGUCAGAGGUGGCCAGAGGUCAAGUUCGUGACGACGGACCACCAGAUCACCAUUCCGUUUCUGGGUGGCACGAGCUUCCAGGUCAACUGGUUCAGAGUGGUUUGGAGGUCCGCUUUUGUGGCAGUGACGACCGUCUUGGCCACCGUCCUCCCGUUCUUCAACGUCUUGCUGGCCCUCAUCGGUGCAGCUUCUUUUUGGCCUUUGACCGUCUACUUUCCGAUCGAGAUGUAUAUUGCUCGAGCGAAAGUUUCCAAGUUCUCUUUCUCCCGGAUGUGCCUGCAAGCCUUGAGCUUGAUCUGUCUGCUGGUUUCACUCGUCGCAGCAGCUGGAUCAGUCGCGGGUCUGAUACAAUCUCUCAAAACAUACCGCCCUUUUAAGAAUGAAGUAUAA